CCAUAAUUCACACAACCACAACACCAUCUCCCACAAUGGCAAAGCUAAUAGUUCUCGCACUCGCAUUCGCCGCCCUUGUAGCCUUUGCUACCGCCCACACAACCAUCAUCACCACCACCAUCGAAGACGAGAACCCGAUCUCCGGACAAAGGCAAUGUAGCCAACGGAUACAGGGACAAAGGCUGAACCAGUGUCGCAUGUUCCUCCAGCAGGGUCAGAACAUUCCUCGCGAAUUCGACAACCCUCAGAUGGGGCGGCAGCAGCAGGAGCAGCAGCUCCUCCAGCAGUGUUGUCAAGAGCUCCAAAACAUAGACCAGCAGUGCCAAUGUGAGGCAGUGAAGCAGGUGUUCCGAGAAGCCCAGCAGCAAGUACAACAACAACAGGGACCGCAGUCCGUACCCUUCCUCCAUUCGCAACAGGCUCAACGGUUGAAGCAGAAGGCUCAGAUCCUCCCUAACGUAUGCAACCUUCAAUCAAGACGAUGCGAGAUCGGAACCAUCACCACCACCGUCACCGAGAGCAAUAUCGAUAUCCCAUUCCGUGACAGGCCCUUUGGCACUGGAUCACAACAAUGCAGAGAAACUGAAAUCCAACGACCCGUCAGUCAAUGCCAAAGGUAUGUGGAGCAGCAAAUGCAGUCCCCCAUGCCAUACAUAAGGCGCCCAGGACAGCAGCAGCAGGAGCCAGAACUCCAACAAUGCUGCAACGAGCUCCAAAACGUGAAGAGGGAGUGUCAAUGCGAGGCGGUUCAAGAAGUGGCUAGGAGAGUGAUGAGGCAGCCACAGCAGCACCAGCAGCAACGUCGUGGGCAGUUCGGUGGACAGGAGAUGGACAUCGCAAGGAGGGUGAUUCAGAAUCUGCCGAAUCAGUGUUCUUUGCAAGUCCAGCAAUGCAACAUCCCUUACUGAAGUGGAGGCUUUUGAAAGAGUAAUAAAAAGAGACGCAUCUCUAGUCGAUCUAGGCUUUAUGGCUUUGAGAUGAAAGCGAGUAGUUUCCUCAAUAAUAAUAAUAAAUAAUGAGCAAAUGUUACAUCUCAUUUUGGAUGGUUUUCAUCUUAUCUCAUAUGUUGAAUGACAAUAUGACAUAAAUGAGUUUGAAGAACUGAAAAGUGAUUUAAUGCC